AUGAGGUUAACGACAGACCUGAUCAACAACUCCCUCUCUUUCAUCAACUGUCUCACGGAGCGUGAACUCGAUCUGCGAGGUCACAAGAUUUCGGCUAUCGAGAACAUGGGAGCAGCCAGAGACAACGACGCCAUAGAUCUCACAGACAACGACAUCGCACAGCUCGGCAAUUUCCCCCUCCAGCCUCGUCUCCGAACCCUCUUCCUCGCGCAGAACCGCAUCUCCAACAUCCAACCGAACCUCUCCUCGAGCAUACCCAAUCUGCGAACACUAGUUCUCACCAAGAACAAGAUUGCAGAGCUGGCGGACUUGGAUCCGCUGGCGGGAUUCAAGCAUUUGGUCUAUCUUUCAUUGAUGGGGAAUCCCGUCACACGUAAAGAGAACUACCGGUAUUGGGUCAUCUGGCGCUGCCCUACUGUGCGAUUCCUAGACUUUGUCAAAGUACGCGAUGCUGAACGAAAGACGGCCAAGGAGCUAUUUGGAACUGCAGAGGAGCCCACCGAGCUUGCAAACCAGAUCUCCAGCAACAAGUCGAAAGGUUUUGUUGUCCCCACAUUCACAAACGGUGCCGACUCGGGUAAAGAGCGUAUCUACACCGACGAAGAGAAGAAGCGCAUGCGCGCUGCCAUCCUCAACGCGAGCAGUCUGGCGGAAAUGGCACGGCUGGAGAAGGAUUUCGCUGAAGGACGGAUACCAGCACAUAUCCUUCAAGGCGGAGAACCUAUGGAGACAUAG